GCUACGUGCUCGUCCACUACGUCUCCCAUCGCUAAUCGUAUCUUCUCCCCCUUUUCGUCUCAUUUCCACAUUUCUUUGAUUCAGGGUUUUGUUUCCAUUUCUCGAUCAUCUUCAGAUUCCUGGCGCCACGUUUCUCUCCAUCGAAGACUGCUAAAUCCGAGUUUCUCUUAGCAUGGGAAGAUUUGUUUAACUUCUUCCAUAACCUACAGAAGUAAUUUCAAGGAAAGUGCAGAAGUAUAUAGCUAUCUCGAAACUGCCGCCCGAAGUUGGAUGGCAUUGCAAAAGGAUCAUUAUUCUGGUUCUCCGCGAGCAGGAAAACAAAGGGAUCAGAAUUAUCCCAAUUCGCCGACUGUUAAGACCAAUGGCCAAAGGGAUAACCCCAUUCCUAGUUCGCCAAGUGCCCGCUCCACAGCAUUUGAUUCUCCUUCUCCUCGGCUUCGUCACCGGAGACGGCGAUCAACUGAGUUUCCAGGUGACAUAAACAGAGCAAAUGGGAGCAAUUUGAUGACUGCAAGUGAAAGCAAAUACCGGUCUAUGUGGAUUAGGACAUGUUCAUCUCUAUGGAUGCUUGGCGGGGUUAUCUUUAUUAUCUACAUGGGACAUCUCUACAUCUGGGCUAUGGUUGUGGUGAUACAGAUAUUCAUGGCAAGAGAGCUCUUCCUUCUUCUCAGAAGAGCUCAUGAAGAGCGAUGCCUACCCGGGUUCAGGCUCUUGAACUGGCACUUUUUCUUUACGGCUAUGCUGUUUGUCUAUGGCCGCAUUUUCCGUCAGCAGCUAGUAAACACAGUAUCAUCUGACAAAUUCUUCUACAAGCUUGUGAGUGGUCUCAUCAAAUACCAGAUGGUUAUUUGCUAUUUCCUCUAUAUCGCAGGUUUCAUGUGGUUUAUCCUUACGCUGAAGAAGAAGAUGUACAAGUAUCAGUUCAGUCAAUAUGCCUGGACACAUAUGAUCCUUAUAGUGGUGUUUACACAAUCUUCUUUCACCGUGGCCAAUAUCUUCGAAGGGAUCUUCUGGUUUCUUCUACCAGCAGCACUUAUUGCCAUGAACGAUGUCGCUGCUUAUUUCUUUGGGGUCUAUUUUGGGAAGACACCGUUGAUAAAACUGUCCCCAAAGAAAACAUGGGAAGGAUUCAUCGGGGCAUCUGUAGCAACGAUGAUCUCUGCAUUUGUGUUUGCAAAUGUAAUGGGCCAGUUCCAAUGGCUUACAUGCCCGAGGAAGGAUUUAUCCACUGGAUGGCUUCACUGUGAUCCAGGCCCUCUGUUCAGGCCAGAGUAUUAUCCAUUGCCUUGGUGGAUUACUCGAUUUACUCCAUGGAAAGAGAUGUCAGUUUUACCGGUGCAAUGGCAUGCUCUGUGUCUCGGUCUAUUUGCAUCGAUAAUAGCACCAUUCGGAGGUUUCUUUGCCAGUGGUUUCAAAAGAGCUUUCAAGAUCAAGGAUUUCGGAGAUAGCAUUCCUGGGCACGGAGGUUUCACCGACAGAAUGGAUUGCCAGAUGGUGAUGGCAGUUUUCGCAUACAUCUAUAUCCAAUCCUUCAUCAUUCCCCAAGACUAUAGCGUCGAGAUGAUCCUAGACCAGAUAAUGAGAAGCCUCAGUCGGGAAGAGCAGCAGAGGCUUUACGUAAAGCUCGGUGACAUUCUUUGGCAGCAGAUACAAGGGUAAGUUUUAGCUCAAAGGGCAGUCCGAUGCACAAAUCAUCCCGUGGUCUGGAAACGGUCCCUCCGCAAGGGUAAGUUUUAGCUUAGGUUAGGACAAAAAAAACAGAAGUCGGUUUUUUCUUCAGCGUCUAUAUUAGGAUUCUUUUUCUCAGACAUGUUAAAAGAACAUACGGAUUCCUUGCUCAGGGAAAAGAUCAGAUCCAGAUCAGGGGUUUCGUUUAGUUUCUGCUGGCUUUUGCUCCAUUGUCAAUGAAGCAAAAAGCUGUUCCCACUUUUGUAAAUGAUGUUUUUUUUUUUUACCCCUUUUAACAGAGAUUGAUUUCCCUCUUCUCAGUUAAGUUUUGUUUUCUGUAUAUGGAUUUGUGGGUCUUUCUUUUGUUGCCUGCAAAAUUUGAUCA